GGAAAUAAACGAGUAUUGGCAAAACUCGUGAAAAGUUGUCUCAUACAUUUUAUCUGGAAGUGCAAAUCGUUCGCCUUCGAAGCUCGGGAAAAAUUUCCGGAGCUGACAAAUUAGAUUUGUGCUGCAAAACUGUCAACGUCGCUUCAACGGUUUACCAGCAAGUGGAUACCCAGUUUUGUGUAAUAGGAUAACCGUCAGCAGCCUUUACUCGUGCGCUACCAGGAAAACCAGAACAAAAAAUAAAACAGAAAAGUUUCUGUUCAGGCCAGAUGUGUAACCGAAAUGGAAUGGAACAAACUAACACAACCAAGAAGAGAGUGGCAAGGAUAAAAUUAAAAUGAUAAUACGGCUGGCGUUAGCCAUUGUGCUCAGAAAAACAGAAACAGUAGAUUGUGUUCGUAAUCCAGCUUCUGGUUCAAGAUGAAAAAAUGCAAAAGGAGUGUCAUGAAGAGUAUAAUCGUAUUUUAUAAUCCAAACACGUUUAGUGAGCUAUGUCGAAAUUAGAGUGUUCUGUGAAAGUGAAACAAUCAAGGCAAAGUGAUAACAAGUAAAAGUCUACAGCCAGAAAACCCGGGAAGGAAGAAAACCUCAAAGAUUAAAUUAUGAUAAACACUGUUUACAUUUUGGGUUUAUCGAGAAAUUUGAAUCACCUAUUUCGAAGCUGGAUCAUUGUGUUGUACUUUCUCCAAGGGUGUCCGUUGCUGCAUACCGGAAUGAUAUCGUUCAAAGACAACAGUGACAUGAUUUUUCGGACAGCAUUUUUUCUGCUAUCUCCACACGUUCCAGGCGAAAAAGAGAGCAGCAAAGACAAUAGUGAUAAUCAAAAUAGCUUAGGUAACAGUGAUAGUGCUGAGAUAGAUUCCAGUGCGUUUGAUUUUGCCAGUGAGAGUGAAGAUUUGCUAAAGUAUUAUAAAACACCUAUGCAGUUCGGUACAGAAAACUCCACGGUGGUGACGUCCCAGGUGGGAUCGACAGCUCAUAUACCUUGCAGAAUACACCACAUAGGAGAAGGCGUGGUUUCAUGGAUCAGGAGAAAGGACUAUCAUCUACUAACGGUCGGGUUGACGACUUACAGCAGCGACGAGCGAUUUAGUGCCACACAUCUGCAAAACUCCGAGGAUUGGACGUUGCAGAUAAAAUUCGUUCAGGACCGGGACGCCGGAUGGUACGAGUGCCAGGUUUCAACACAUCCACCGACGUCGAUCUUCCUAGAGCUACGGGUAGUGGAAGCACGUGCGGAGAUAGUCGGACCACAAGUAAAGUACUUGACACCUGAUUCAACGCUGAAAUUAAUAUGCCGGGUUGUACAGAGCACCGAAGCGUCUGCGUUCAUAUUCUGGUAUCAUAAUAAUCGAAUGAUAAACUACGAUGUCGAUAGAGGCAUUAAUGUCUCGACUGAAGCAGAUUUUCACUAUUCGGAACUCAGCAUCAACCAUGCUGGAAAGGAACACUCUGGAAAUUAUACUUGUGUCCCAAGCAACUCACAACCAGCCAGUGUCGUUGUACAUAUAUUCAAAGGCGACCAUCCAGCUGCAAUGUAUCACGAGCACCGCAGCUCUUCCACAAUCCCAUACCGAGAUCCGAGACUGUACGGAUUGGUGCUACUCAUUGAAAUUCUGUUCUAUUCAACGAUGCUCUUUUGAAAACUCGUACCAGGCCUUUUAUUUGCAGAUUAAGGGAGAAAAUCAUGUUCGUACCAUCAAUCGGUUGUUGUUAAGGAUAAAGUUCCGAGAGUUGUUCAGGAAAAGUUUUUAUUUUGCGAAUUUGUCGAGAGAAGGAAAAUCUGGAAUAUUAAAACGACAACUUUUGGUUCAUUGGGCUCGAUAAAAAUAAUGAUGAUGAGUGCUUUCGUUAUCCCACUUUUUGACAACUAACACAAAAGUUGAGUUUUAUAUUCAACCAAUUUAGUAUCAAGCAGAGCGUUUUGGGAGUUUAUACGACGUUUCGUACGUGUUAUUUUGUUGUA